UUUUUCGCUGCAAACGAACAUGGCCGCCCCCAGAAGCUCGCUUUUUGAAUUGCCGUGAGUGGUGCUGAGUGGCGUUUCAACCCCAAGGCAUUUUCUGGGUUCAGAUCGCACGCGAAAGUCAGUACACAUGGCCGAUAAACCUAAUCCAACGGAACUGUCCUUCAAAGAAAUGAAGUUUAAAGUGUGCCGCUUCAUGGAAGAACAGGGGAUCAUCAGUGACGUCCGCGCCAGGCUCCGAUACAAGUUCGUCGAAGCUCUCAAGAUUUCGAGCCAAAGCAGAACGAAGACGUCAAAGACGCUCUUACAUCAGGUUGUCCACUGGCUGAUCCAAGAGUACCUCUCGAGCCAGGACUACAACUACACCCUGAGCACCCUCGCCUGCGAGUCUGGGAUCGGUCAGGAGUCCUUCUCAGUCCGAGACGUGGAAACGUUGCUCCACGUCUCCAGGAGCGAGUGCACACGGCCCGUGCCGGUCCUUCAGCACGUGGUCGAUCAAAUGAUGCGGGCCCAGGUCACGGCAUCGGUACAAACCUCCCUUAUGGCUGACCGAACUGGAGAAUGCAGCACGGCUGCUCAGCUUCAGCAGUUAAAGAAAGUGGCCGAGGAUGCAAAGCAGCUACUGGACUCCUUUAACCAACAACUGAACGAAGCCCAGCAUGGCGGGAGUGCCAAUCAGCCAAGGAAAAACCAGCAGCAGUCAAUGCACCAUCUGUCAGUGCUUACGGCAGUUAGCAGUGUGGAUGCCGAAAGCUCAAGACAAGGUCCCAGCACUCUUACUACCUCCAGCGAUCUCCAACAAAGUAACGACAAGAGCACAAGCAUCAGCAGCGCACGAAGUCCGCCACUGGAACGCGCCCGGCGCCGCUUGGAGCACCUCGCCGUGCAGACGGAGUUCCUCGACCAGCGAUUCCAGAAGAUGAAGUGGGAGCCGCUGGAGGCGCUAUGGGUCAGCGUUUCACACUCAACUACUCGCGCCCAGAGCCCUCCACGUGGCGACGUGGGAUGAUUAAGUGUCAUGGAAUGUGAUACUGCGCAGUUGCAAUCUGAAGAGCUACAAGUCACCAACUCCUACUUGUAUGCCACCGAUUGCAGAUGCUUGUGUGUUCAAAGCAAGGUCAGCACAUUCUUGCAUUAUCAUGAGGUUUGAACAGGGUGUAUUUAUGUUGCUGCCAAAAACAUGCUAGCAACAGGCUUCUGAUGCAUCUAUUUUGUGUCAAUGUCCUUAGGUGAUCAUGUCAUAAGUCACUGACAGUUUGUAUAUACAUAGUACCAUUUGCAAGUAUAUCCAAAUAAGCUCAUUAUUAAAUGCAUCAUUUCAUGCUGCCUAUUUUAGUUCUUUUGUCUUUUUAAGCUAGGAUAAACAGCUUACAUGAAGUAUCUACCAUCACUUGAUUAACAUAUCUGCCUGAAAUCAU